CCUUGAGUAAGUGGACGAAAUGACCUUGGAUCGACGUCCUGGGAGUACGUUGACUAUGACGAUCAGCUGAGAGUAACAGCUGUUGGGCACAGAGAAGAAAUCUAUAAGAAGAGUGUGAAUUCCCACUGGAAAACAAUCUUCAUCACGCAAUCGCAACACUCUUCACAAACAUCCAACUUCAACUAUCAAUUUUCAACUUUUUCAAAAGUACUCCCACCUCAACCGCAAAUAUGAGAACCGAAAUCACCAGCCUUACCGUCCUCGCCGGACUCUUCGCUCUUGCCUUUGCUACACCAGCAAGACAUAUGACUCUUGCAGACCGUCAAGCAACUCUUGUCUGCGCAUCUGGCACCCCUCAAUGCUGCGAUGUCGAUGUUCUUGGUGUUGCUGACUUGGAUUGCGAAACUCCCCCCACUGUCCCAACAACAGUCGCCAACUUUACUAGCAUCUGUGCUGAUGUUGGAAAGAUCGACAAGUGCUGCUUGAUCCCUAUUCUCGAGCAAGGUCUCAUCUGCUCCGACCCCAUCUAAGCGUUCAAUGCUUUGAAGAGAACCGGAAUGACUGUCAAUUUGUACCCGUCCUUAUCUCAAAUGUAUGAGGACUUGGUUGUGGAAAUGUUUGAUUCCUUUCAGAGAUGGUGAACGGGGAG